AUGUCUCGUAGUUUAAUUUUGUUGCCAGCUAUCUUCACCCGGAGAUCCAUCCCUCUAUUUGCUAGUUCACCUUUCAAGCAAUACCGCAGUAUUCAAAAAGAAAUUCCUAUUCAAAGAAUUUCUAUUCGUUUCUACUGCCAGAAUUCCAAGGAUGAGCGAGCAAAAAAUGGUUUUUCUUUUCUGAAGUUUUUAAACGGUAAUUGGACUUGCAGCGAAAAUCAGGCGUGCCUACGUGUUAGGAGGAUGUCUUUUUUUCAUUUGGAUUUCAACGCAUGCUAUUUUGCUCUACAGGUAUGGCUUGAUAUGGGUUUCUUCACUGAGUAAAGAUUUUGAAGAAGGAGAACGGAGCAUCGCGCCCUGAACGAAACGCUACCGCCAAUCUCUUGGGAGGAAUUCGAAAGAAAUUUCAUGCAAACUGGCGAGGUUCUCAUUUAUAUCGAGAAAAGGGGAAGAAUUUUUUUUACAGGUCAAAACUAUCAUCUUCCAGCCGCAUUUCGAAAUCGCGAAUGUUUAUUUGCACUCCGCUAAAGAGCAGUUGAUGAAAAAGACAGUUUUGAACUGGGUAUGGUCAAUUGAAUGAGGAGAUUCACAGCAGAAACAGAUACACGCUGCCCCGGACAAGUUUUCGCGUCCUCCAGAUGUUCGGUUUUUCUUCGAAGGAAGCGCCAAGGUAUCUUUUUUGGCUCUUUGAACAAGUUUAUCGAGCCUCUAGAGUUUCUCGAAAUAAUGCUUGAAGAGCCUUCUAAAGUUUCAAAACUGAAAAUUUUUCGGAGCCAUAUGAAUACGUUGUGAGAUGCGGAAAAGUGAUAAACGUGUAUUAUAUUUAGGAGAUGGAAACAGCUGUUUCGGCAUCUGUGCAGAAGAACGGCAAGGAAGUUGAUUUCGAGAUUGAUCAGUUCCCGAGUUAUCGGCGAGUCUUUUUGAAUGAGACUUUCCAAUUUUCUUUAUGUUUUCAGAGAGCUUUCCUUCAUCAUGGUGAGCUCUUUGUUCGCCAUGGCCGCCGUGUCUCUCGUCAAAUAG